AUGAACGAUAUUCCCCGCCUGUCGGGCGGCCGGGGGCGCGCCGGGGUCGGGGCGCGCGGGGAACCCCCGGCCGUGGGCGCGCCGUGGUCCGCCGUGGCGGCGCCGAGUGCAGCCCGGGGCGGCGCCCACGAGCCCGGAGAGGCCGGUGAGUCCUGGGUGAGAGAGAAGGUGCUUUUCCUGCUGCAUCCAGAGAGAUGCUUGGGGACUCUCCAGGACCCUGGCGGGGAAGGGCCGGCCCGCGGCUCAGACGGGGACGGCGGCGGCCUCUCUGCACCCCUCGGUUCCCGAGUGCGCACUCCGGACAGCCGCGAUGCAGACCCCGCCGCCCGCGCCCCGCUCCCGGACCCCGCCGCCCAGACCACGUCGGUGCUCGUACGGGUCGUGGAUUAUCAGGUGACGCAGGAAGUGCUGCGCAGCGCGUGGACCCAGGGCCAGAUGACCAGGCUCACCGAGGAGCGUUCGGUGACCGCCGUCACAUUUCCGCACCCGCAGGGAGUGAGGCCGGGCGUGUGGGGUCCUGGCACCCCCGCAGGAGGGACCCCCCCACCCCCACCCCCGGCUCCCGUGGCUCGGACAGUGGCACUCCCCGCGCCCGCAGGGAGGAUCGUUUAAACACGGUUCCCGGAGCAUGUUCACCAGGAAAGAAGAGCCCGGGAGAAGUACCCGGCUGGGCAAGGAGUGAUAAUCCUUCCCGGUGGAGGUAAAGACUCUUCCAGGAACGUUAACUUGUAAUGAACCAUAAGGACGUUUUCUGUGACCGGACCAAGCCUCACGGGGCCUGGAGAUGCCCACCACAGAAGGAAGAACUUCAUGAAAGUCAACAUAAUACCUCCUAUUUGGCUUUAACACUGAGCCCGUUUCCUAUGUCACUUAGAAGAGAAGAAAAGGUAUUUUCAAGCUGGCAAAUUGUGGCGAUUUUGAAAUAAGAAAAGCUGUUGUUUUUCCUUUUCACAGCACCGCCUAAUUUGGUGUGUUUUCUCCCCCCUUUCUUCUGUAGGGUCCCCCCAAAAAGCACAGCAGGUGAAGUUUGAGGUCUGCCCUGAUUAGCAAAAAGAGGUAGGACUAGACGGAGGAGGGGAGAGGGGAGAGAGACCGAGAGAAACUUAUUUAAAAGAUAAAAAGGAAGUGGGAAAC